UAGAUGCCUGGGAUUGACAUGGGACUAAAAGUUGAAUUAUUGAAAGAAAUUUGCUCAGAAAAUGAUAGAAACCGCAGGAAAGAACAACCUUCUGGAUAUUCAGCUGGAAAAGACUAGCAGCUUAUUAAAAAUAAUGCAAGCAAAAGAAACCUCAAUGAAAGAAGAAUGUAUUAUUCUUCAUACUAUGAUAAAAGGUCUACAACAGACUGUUCAAUAUCAACACAAUUUGAAAGGUGAAAAUGAACAACUAAAAAGAAAUGUUGAUUUUAUGAAAGAGAAGUUAAAAUCUAAUGAGCAGGAAUAUAAGAAUAAUAUUGCCAAACUCAUAAGUGAAAUGAAAAUCAAAGAGGAGGAACACAAAACCGAAAUGAGCAAACUUUAUCAGGAUAUGCAGAGAAAAGUUGAACUAAAUGAAGAAAAGCACAAAGAACUAAUGGCAAGGAAGGAGGUGGAAAUAUCAGAGUUAAAUGCCAAGUUGAGAACUCAGGAGAAGGAAAAGCAAAAUGAAAUCCUCAGACUACAUCUAGAAUUUGACACUAAGCUAGCAAGAGCUCAGACUAAAUCAAAAUCAUAUCCGGACACUACUAUUUUGCCGCAGAGUAUCUACAGAAGGAAGCUUCAGCAUCUUCAGGAAGAAAAGAGCAAAGAAAUUGCAAGUCUGCAGAACACUAUCCGAGACCUAGAGCAGCGCCUUGCAGCCUGCAAAGAUAACCGACUCACGCGAAGACGGUUUUGA